AUGUCUUUAAACACGGCACAUUCUUCAGAUGGACAAGGUGGAGUCAUACUUUUUACGGGAGAAUUCAUCCUGAUAUUCUACGAUGGAGUCACCGUCAAAUUCGAGGGUUCCGAUGCGCAGUCGUUUUAUGGAACAUGGAAGGGAAGAAUUUACCUUACCACCCACAGGAUGUUGUUUGUUAACGGGAGCCAAAAAGGCAAGCUGCAGUCCUUCAGCUUUCCCUUCGGCCAGAUCAGCAACCUGGGACUGGAGCAGCCCAUCUUUGGCGCCAACUACAUCACGGGGAAAGUCCGGUCGGAGCCUCAAGGGAACUGGUAUGGAGAGUGCAACUUCAGCCUCUCCUUUGGUAAAGGCGGAGCAGUCGAGUUCGGCAGAGCACUGAUGGAAGCCAAGAAAUUGGCGGCACGGACUGCUGUCGAUGGCAACAUUGAGGCAGCUGUAUUGGUGGGGAUGCCCGGAAUGCCUUACAUGGUCCCGCCAUCGACCGACUUGGGGUUUGCCCUGCCCCGUCAACAGUUCCCGAACGCUCCGCCAGCAGGCACCGUGUUCGUGGCAAACACGGCCGCGCCCUACCCCGGUCUUCCGAUGGCCCAGCCCGCACCGGUUGCACCGCUGGGGCCUGGUUUCCAGCACGCAGCCACGGGAAGCCGGGGCUGGAACCUCAACCCGCCCGGUGGCACCUCCAGUGGGCCCUUUGGAUCGCUAUUCCCUGGUUUUCGAAGGGGAUGAUAGACAGAUCGGCGGUUCCACCAUGCGCCUGCUAUACUCCAUCGCCGGCAGGUGACGGCAAUGACGGCGUUCAAAUAUCGACCAAUGACGUCACCUGGCAAAGCCCUCGUGGGACCAGAGCGACCGAUGACACUUCCGAUCGCCCGAACGUAUUAUUGUGUAGCCCGUUAGACGCCACGCCUCCUCGGUGCGUGUCUUCAAAAACGUAAAAUCCAAAGCACGAAUAAUAAACUCAGUUAACUACGUCA